UUGGCAACAAGUUUUAAUUUGUCUUGUGUUGCAGUAAAUCGUUGAAAUAUUGUCAUUCAGUAAUUAGUCCAAGUAUCGAUUAUUUGACCUAUUUUUCGUUUGACGUUUAUUCCUGUCAUUCGAACAGCUGAUUUGAAGGUCGUGUCAUAUGAAAUCUGGAAUUUGUUAUUUAUGUUUUUUUUACUGAUACGACUAGUGAUACGUACAAAAUGGCAGAUGUAAAAAGUUUGGAACACCCUACUUUAAAGGUUCCCUACGAAAUUCUCAACAAAAAGUUCAGAACGGCCCAAAAGACCAUCGACAGGGAAGUCUCUCACGUUCAACAACAGGCCACACUCAUCGAGGAGACACUCCAGCAAUCCGAAGUCAAAGCGAAAGACAUAUCAUCCCUUUUAGGCGGCAUGGUGGAGAAACUCCAAGUCUUGAAAAGAAAAGCCGAAGAGAGCAUAGCCGAGGAAUUGGUCGCCUCGAACGUGUGCAAAAGGAGAUUGGACCAUUUGAAGGAGCACAAUACCGUAACGCCAAUGGGCACCGUCUCGCAAGCGGCCCUUAACCAGUGGCGUAGGAAACGCUUGGACCGAAUGGUCGUCGAGUAUUUCCUCAGGAACGGCUACUACAACGCAGCCAUCACCCUUGCCGAUCGAUCCGACAUCAAAGAUUUAACCAAUAUCGAUAUUUUCCUGACAUCCAGAGAAGUGGAGAAGUCUCUGGCUAACAAGGAAACGUCCAAAUGCCUGACCUGGUGCCAUGACAACAAACACAAAUUAAGGAAGUUGAAAUCGAACAUGGAAUUCAAUCUGCGUGUGCAGGAAUUCGUUGAAUUGGUCCGGUCCGAUCAACGGAUGGACGCCAUCAAGCACGCCAGGAAGCACUUUCCCGGCUUCGAAGAGGAACAUUUGUCUACCAUAAAACAGGUCAUGGCGUUGCUGGCCUUUCCCAUAACCACCGAUAUUAUCCCGUAUAAAUCUCUCUUAGACGAACGAAGGUGGGACACCUUAAUCGAGCAAUUCAGACAGGAGAAUUACAGGCUGUUCCAAUUGGCGUCGCAAUCUGUUUUCACGGUUGCUUUACAAGCCGGCUUGUCAGCGCUCAAAACUCCAUAUCCUUUUUUAUACUACAAACUUAAAGAACAUACGAAAUUUGUUAAGAUUUCCUUAAUACAGUGUAAUCAGUGUUAUUCUGAGACGGGCGAAAACAGAAAUCCCACUUGCCCGGUGUGUCAGCCGUACUUGAACGAACUAGCAGAUUGCUUGCCCUUUGCUCAUUGCUCACAAUCGAGAUUGUAUUGCCAUAUCAGCGGAUUGCCGAUGAACGAGAAUAACCAGCCAAUGAUGCUGCCCAACGGUCACAUCUAUGGCGAACAGGCCUUGACUGAGAUGGCUCGCCAGAAUAACGGCCAAGUAAUUUGUCCGAAGACGAAAGAGAUCUUUCCCUUUAAGAAAGUGGAAAAAGUGUUCGUCAUGUAGUUGUUUGUGAUAUAUUUACUUCCUUCUCUCGAUUUACGUAUACGGAUUGGAGUGUACAAUGCUUUGUAUAAAUUAAAGCUCCUUUAUAAAGAUUAUUAUUAAAAUAUGAGUAGAUAAGGAUAUUCGUGAACGUCGAUUUAAGUUUAGGGUAAUUUAAGCGUAUUAUUAGCAAGAGGAUUUAAUUACGAGCUGAUAUUGCUAUUUUUUAAUUCUAAUAUUAAUUUCUACAGAGAUUGUCUCAGUAAUUUAUAAGAUUGUGUUACAAUAAAAAUCUAAUAAAAAUAUUCCAAAAACGUCAAAUAA